UCCGACAACGGUUCACUUCAGAAUUUGUUUAUGAUCACGUAACGUCAAUGCGAACAAAUUUUGGCCAUAAAAUUUUUCCAAGAAGGAAAGAACACAAGGACAAUACAGUUCUGUUAACUAUUAGCCUCAAGUCAUGUCUGAGACAAGUCCGAGUCGACGAUCGAGACUUCUACAGGUUCUUCGGAAGCCAAAAUUCUUAAAAGGACUUCACAUCUUGGCAAUAGUUCUCGGUUUUCUAUGCAUUGGCGGCUGUUUUGUGCUUGCAAGUCUCACGUACAUUUUAUUUGGAGACUGUGAUGGCUGUGAGAUGGAAUCAGACGAUAAAGCUAUGGUAAAAGUGUUGAGGAUUCUAGCCACCGCUUCUUUCCUAUUAGGAAUUCUCUCAAUUGCUUUGUCACUGUGCUGUAAAGGAACACCUAGUAACAGUCUUACUCCUCAAGUUGUGGUUUCGCAGAUACCCGAAGCAGAUUUAGAGAAAUCGCCCGCUCCUGUGCUAGCUUAUAAUCACAUUCCUCAUCGGCAAGCGUUUGAUGCCGAAGAUUCGGCGAUGAGUUACAAUUUGACUGAAUUUGUAGCAAAUGCGGAUAAUAUAGACGAACAAGGUGCGUAUAAUUCAGCAAAUGCGGGAUUUUGGACGGAAGAAAUUGAUGGACCUGUUACACCGCCGCCAACUUACGAGGAAGCUCUUGUUAUGAAAUGGCCGGUUGUAACUGUUAAGGAAAACAGUUCACAGAACUCAGAGGAAACGGUCUCUUUCAACACGGGAUUGUAGAGGAAAAUAUUCAAAUUUACAGACAUGAGAGAACAAAAGCUCGCAAACCAAAGCUCAUUAAUCUCAACACAUUGACAGUUUGAUAAAGGUUACUCACGAUGGUUUCACGCGAUAAAUAUAAUUGUUCCCUUUGUCAUCUAUUUUUUAUGUUCUUUGUAAAUAUUAUAACUCUAUUUAAUUAUCAUCUAGCAGUCGAUGUUAAAAUACCGCGUGAAUUUCUUGUACAGUUUGAAAAUGUAAUUAUUUUUGUUAAGGUCGCAAUUUUGCUUCGUUCACACACAUACAAAAAUGUAUAUAUACAUAUUACCUUACGCUAUUGCGUGGCUAAUAUCAUGCUUUUGAUAUUGUGUAUACAUACUUAGUAUGAAUCGCGAAAAUUGUUCAACAAAGAAAUAAAUGUUAUAUAAUAAUUCGACAUUUCUUGGUUUAUUUCAUCACAGACAGAGCUCACGAAACUGCAACUCAAACAAUUCAACAAGACAGCUUUCAUAUAAUUUUUCAGAAAUCAAUAGAGCAAUACCAGAUAAGUAGAAACUGAAACUGAAAGAGCUCUUCAGAUAAAAAAAAUCAACAGAGCAGCAGAGACUAGAUAAAGUACAAAGUACAUUAUUUUCAUUUGGGAGUGGAAACCACAACAUCACUGAGUGAAACAAUACAACUCCUUUUACCAUCAAUUAGAACCUUUUCAGUUGUAAUGCAAACAAUCCUCACCAUUACACCUUACCUAAAUUGGACAUUUACGUAUCCAUAUAAGAAAUAUUGGUCUUAAUAGCAAGCCAGUAUGUUGGACCACAAAUAAGUUACGAACAAUAAAAUAUAAAUGAUGAAUUGAACUGUCCACCACAUCUUAAACACCAAUUAAUAGACAGACUACACAAGACACUAGAAUGUCUGAUGAACAGUUAAUGAAGGAACACUUCUUGUAAAAUCCAGAUGUGUCAAAUUUUAGGAUUACUUUGAAUUUAUUAAACCCUUAUGCUCUAACAGGGAGAAUUGGUUCAACAAUCAAGAGCUUGUUUA